UACACACUCCACAGACACAGUGUGGGCCAUCUCAGAAGGAGCUGUUCAGCCAGUUUUCAGACCUUUAUCAGAGGGAAUUGAAUCAUAUUUAUCUGUAAAUUUGUUGUGUCUAUGGGACAUGCUUACUGAUGAAGACCUGAUGGAACUGGAGGCCCAGAGAAAGGACAAAGAGAGACAAGAGGAAGAAGAAGUAACUGAAGAACAGAAGAGAUUCACGAUGCAGGAAAUGGCAAGGGGAUUUUCUUUACUUGAGGAGACACUGUUAGUUUUUGAGGCACAGGACCCAAAUGUAGAAUGGUACACGAAGGUUGCAGCAGCCAUUCAGAAUGCAAUCCAGUGCUACCGUGUCAUCUAUGAUGAGAAAAAAAGAGCUACUACCCAGACAUCAUUGGAUCAUUUUUUCAAGAGGGUAGAUAGAAUUGAAUCCAGCAAGGAACCAGAACCUGUGCCAUCAGGGUCAGGCGUGAGUGAAAUUGCAGCUUGCCCUCCAUCUCCUAUUGCUGAUGAUCCUUCAGCUCUAUCAUCUCCACCUCCUCUCCCUCCUCCAGUCAGUAACUCUUCUUGCCUGUUCACUCGAUGCCAGCCCCUGGAUGCCAGCUGUUGCACUGUACUACUGUACUUUUCAAGUCGACGUGAUCCUCCUGUAAAGCCCAGGGCAUCCCGCGCUUCUACCAUCAGAGCACGCUGACACCACGUUGAGGCUUGACCUGACCC